AUGAAUGACGCAACUACCAAAGACCAAUUAGAAGAUUUAGCGUCGUUAUUUCUACCUGACAUUCUCCACCCAAUACAUUCCGCUGGCAACACACCAGGAGGAACUAAUCUCAAAACAUCAGCAAGCACUGGUCAUACGACGACAUCAGCUAAUCUUAUCAAACAAGAAGAAUAUGAUGGACUCAGUCCUGAUUUUAAUUUGCUACCACGAGAUAGUAUCGGUAGCUCCUCCAAUACUCCUUCAGCUACCACUACAACUAAUACUACUGCAACCAACACCACUAACUUUCAAGACUUUUUAUCCAACAACAACUUCAUCAAUCGUAGCAACAACAAGAGCAAUAUGAUGUCAUCGUACAUGAUGCCUAAUGACUCUCAAUCAGACCAAUUGUAUUCACAACAACUGCAGCAGCAGCAGCAGCAACAACCACUGUACUCCCAUGUCAACCACUACGCGCCGUACAUACCGUAUGAGGCUAAUGCUGGAAUGGCGCUGGCGCUGCUGCAUCAUGGUCAUCACGGACAUCAACAACAACACAUGACUAUGUCGUUGAUUAAUUCAACUUUUCAACCAUAUCCAUCUCAACAGGGAUCCAACCAAAUGUCUCCACUGCCAAUGCCCACUCAACAACAACAACAACAGUAUGGAUCAUAUCAAUAUCCCAAUACUUUAAACUCUUCAUUAUCAUCUACGUAUCUUAAUGGGUUAUCCGGAUGGUACCCAAGCAACAAUAGCAGCACUACCAAUUUUGACAAUUUGAUGACUACUGGAGGAUAUCAACAACAGCAACAACCACAACUGUAUGUACCAGAUAUAUUACAACAGCAGCAACAGCAAUCAGCCCAGUCUCAACAAAACUCACAACCACAACAGAGUCAGUCAAUGGAAGGAAUUCAAAUACAGUAUGACGAACGUGAGUCUUCUUCUUCUCUACCCAAGAAGAAAAAAGUCAAAGGAAGAAGGAACAGAAACACAAAAGCUACUGAUGUUGAGAUUGACUACAAGCCUUUCAAAUUAAAGAGAUUAUUAGACUUUAAGCAAAGCGGUGUUACUAGCAGUAAUGACUAUAAGUUAAUUGACAAGGACAAUAACGAAAUCGAGAUUGACUUUUGUGGAUUUUUGAAUGGAAGAUUCUUGACUAAUGAUAUUGACAACAAUAAUUACAUUUUCACCAAGAAUGAAUUACAACGUGAAUCAGGAGAGGAAACCGUACCUAAAGUUGUUAACAAAAAGGAAGAUCCUAAAGUUAUUUCAUGUUAUAGAAGAAAUUACAUUCAAAUUUCCCUUAAUGUGAACAUUCAUGGAUUUAAAGGUUCCAACUCCAAGUUGUUGAAAUUACAAACUAGUGAAUAUGGUUAUACAAUUACCAGAGUCAUUAAAUAUUUCAAGAUUGAAAUAUUGGCAGCUACAAAUAUAUCUAAUAGUAAGAAUGUUCCUAUUCUUAUUAGAAACGACCCCAAGGAUAUUGAAAAGGAUAAAGACAAAGAUCUCAAGAAAAAUGUUCAAGCUAAUUAUGAAUACAAGGAUGAUUUGGUUAAACCAGGUCCAAUUACUUCUCAAGAACACAUUUUAAUUCUUAAUGAUGAAUGUCAGAUUGAAAAUGGUGCCAUUGAUAAGUUCUUUGUUAUCAAGAAGUUACAAUUCAAAAAUGCCACCCCUAAUAAUGGGAAUCUUACUUUCCAGAAUUACUAUCAUUUAAAAAUCAAAUUGAGCUGUAUAGUGGCUGAUCUUUAUUAUGAUGAUUAUAUUGAGGAAGAUGGAGCCAUUGGCAAUGAUGCUUCAGCAGCAACUACAAACAACGGUGGUGAUAACAAUGAAAUAAUUUUAGCUGAAUUGAUCAGCGAACCAAUAAUUGUUCGUGGACGUAAUCCUAGUUUCUAUGCUGAAAGAAAGGAUAUCUUAAUUAAGGGCAGGCACCCAAAUUCCAGAGGUUCAUUUAAGAUGGCAACUCAACCUAUUUCACAUAUUAAUGUUCAAGUAGAUGAUCAAGACUUGGAUUAUCACGAUGAAGAUGACGAAGAAGGAGUUGCAGCAGGAGAAGAUGAAGAGGCCAGUGGAAGUGGACCAGCUAACAUGGAAGAAGACGAUGAUGAUCAACAUAUACAGACAAUCAAUCCCGAAGAAGACAAUAAUGAGGAUGAUGGAUCACCAAUAUCAUUCAACAACGAAGAGCAAAGAGCAAGAGCUGGCCUGUUGGUUACUACCAAUCUGCAAAUUCCACCAUUGGCAUAUUCCACCAAUCAGUCUGCAUUAGAUGUGAAGAAUGUCAAAAAGUACAAAUAUUUUCCAAUUUCCAAUGUGUAUUAUUUACCACCAAUUAAUGUUGUAUAUUUCCCUCAUAGAGCCCAUCAAAGUCAAAAAGGAGAGGAAGCCGAUCCACAAGUUGAACCCGCAGUCGUUAAUCAUACUAAAAAAAGUUCAAACGUUUACUUCAAAUAA